AUGCUUAAAAAACAUUUAAAUUAUUCUGAUCUUUUAGUUCUUUUUAUUUACGUUCCUUCUAGAGCUUGUUGGUUAGUAACAUAUGAUUGGCGUGGUGGUGACCUUUUAUGUAGAUUAAUAAAAUUUGCCCAUACAUUUGCUUUUCAGGUAUAA